GGUUCCGGCGCGCGCCCGGGGCGGCGGUACGCCGGCGUGCGGCUUUUUAGGGUGCGCGUCGGCCUGAGUGGAUGCCGUGGCGGCCGCCAUGCAGCUGACGGUGAAGGCGCUCCAGGGCCGUGAGUGCAGCCUACAGGUGUCGGAGGAUGAGCUGGUGUCCACGUUGAAACAUCUAGUCUCCGAGAAGCUGAACGUCCCGGUGCGCCAGCAGCGGCUGCUGUUCAAGGGCAAGGCACUGGCAGAUGGGAAAAGACUCUCCGAUUACAGUAUUGGGCCCAAUUCCAAGCUCAACCUAGUGGUCAAGCCACUGGAGAAGGUGUUACUGGAAGAAAGUGGGGUCCGGAAACUGGCCGAGGCCUCACCCCCAUGCCCACCUGCCUGGCAGCUGAUUGCCAAAGUCUUGGCACGCCACUUCAGUGCUGCAGAUGCCAGCAGAGUCCUGGAUCAACUACAGAGGGAUUAUGAGAGGUCCCUGAGCCGCCUGACCCUGGAUGACAUCGAACGUUUAGCUAGCCGCUUCCUGCACCCCGAAGUCACUGAAGCUAUGGAGAAGGGGUUCUCCAAAUAGGAUUCACGGAGUGUGGGCAUGAACCCAGCCAGGCUGCAAGAUGCAUGUGUAGCAUUAAAUGUGUUCUCAUGUUGCAAUUUGGCUUAUAAUAAUAAUAGCUGGUGGGUACCCAGGAACCUGUGCCCAGCUCUUGCUAGGUGCCAGGCACCACUGAAAGCACUUGACCUGAGUUUGCUCCUGCACCUCAAACAAAAGGUGAGACAGUCAAGGCUCCUUGCAGUGAGGUGGGGGAGCCAGAAUCCAAGUCUAGCCAACUUCUAGAAGUGCCUCAGGAUGAGAAAGAAAAGGGACUGUUUGGAAGAUUUCGAGGAAUGGGCUGUAGCUUUUUGUUUGUAGCCCACUGAGAAUAAACCCUCAAGAGACUUCUUUCCAGAUCUCUGGCAGGCCCAGCACUGGUGGGGGGCUAAGUGACAGCCAGCCCUGGGCCCCCGCAGCUGCUGCAGCCAGCGUGCACCUGACGAAGGAAGAGCAGGUUGGGGAGUCGGGGAUGAAUAUGGCCCAGCUCUACGUUGCGACCUCAGGCAAGUCCCUGUGCUGUGUUGGUCCCCAGUCAUUGACUGCCCAGUAAAGGCCACUCCUUAAACCUCA